UUCCGUUCUCUGUGCCUAUGGCUCCGGCGCCUUCUGUGGGCUCCAGCGCCUCCGCUCAUCCCUCUACCGACGAUCAAGGCCUUCGCCAACGUCUUUUUUCUUUGUCUCGGAAAAAGCACCAACAGAAAGGGACGACUCAUGAAAAGUCGAAGGAGAAUGUCGGCGUCAUAGCCGAGAACUUGGAGAGUGCCAAUGCCGCUCCAUCAACUGAACCUGUCGAUUCAUCAGCCAGCACAACGGCUAUCGGUGACCAAGGGCAGGACCCGUCCUCGGCUACCGCACCUGUUAAUGUCUCAUUAACAAGCUCUGCGCCCGCGGGGGCGUCAGAUGAUAAGGAGCAAGGCUCGCUGAAUACUACAUUGACCGGCACCAAUCCGCGUAAUAUGUUCUAUCAUCGUGCGGGGAACAAGUCCUCUACGUCUCAAGCCGCCGCCUCCCACUCCAGCUCAAAGCCAUCUUCACGCCGGAACCGCCCGAAGCCUUCAUUUGCGCGCUUUGUUUCCAAACUUGUUCCUUGCGUCGGCCCAGAUUCGGCGAUGAAGGACGUGGACGAGGGUCCUCAAAUGGCAGAGCGGCAGUCUGAUGCUGGCCGUCAGAAUCCCCUCAGAGAUUCGCAAGUGCCGACAAGCCUGGACGCUGCAUUGUUGACCCCCCCGACGAUUAAUAUCGAGCGGCCUCCGUCACGAGCGGAUUCCGAAAUCGUUGUUCCACCGCCUCAGCUACUGCCAGAGGAUGAGACGGACGGUGUCACGUCCGGGGCUGUUCAGCCCCCCGGAUCGACUGGCGAGCUGAUUGCUCGAACACACACUCGCGAUUCAUCCGACGGAUCUGACGGCACGAGCUUCACAGACGAUGAGGCUAUCGACCAUCGCGCACUCGACGAACAAUCCCAAGAAGAACGAUUAAUCAGAAACGGUGGCACAGGGAUCCUGAUAGGGAUGGACGGUGAACCCAAACCUCUUCUCCCUCCCUUGGCUCCGGAACAUGCAGGUCGGAAGUGUCUUGUUCUGGAUCUGGAUGAAACACUGGUGCACAGCAGCUUUAAACCCAUCGCACAGCCUGAUUUCAUCGUUCCCGUUGAAAUUGAGAUGCACUGGCAUCAUUUCCACGUUCUAAAGCGACCAGGCGUCGAAGAGUUUUUGAGGCAGAUGGGAGAAUUGUAUGAAGUGGUCGUGUUCACCGCUAGCUUAAACAAGUAUGCCGACCCCGUCUUGGACAAACUCGAUACGCACCGGGUGGUUGCUCAUCGCUUGUACCGAGAGAGUUGCUUCAGCCACAAGGGGAACUAUGUCAAGGACCUAUCCCAGCUGGGCCGGCCCAUCGGGGACACCAUCAUCCUGGACAACUCCCCGGCGUCGUACAUCUUUCAUCCUAACAAUGCGGUACCAGUAUCUUCCUGGUUCAACGAUCCGCACGACGUCGAAUUGACCGAUCUCGUGCCCUUCCUCUCCGAUCUAUCUGGAGUGUCCGACGUCAGGGGCAUCCUCAACCUGGGGAUAUAACCAGGACAUGUUAUUAUUCCUAUUUUCGGUGGUAUACCCUGUACCCUAUCCAACCUGAUACCACAUUCCUCGUCACACGGCUCAUUCGUUCUCUGAUGUAUCCAGCCGUCGCUCCACACUCAUUUACCUCCAUCUCCUAGUCAUAUACGCAAUCUACAGUCAGACUGCUUUCAUCAUUUAUCUACUGCUCUGCAAUCUGCUGUAUCAUAUAUAUAAUCAUAUACAUCUGGUGCUACAUUGCAUUCGACACGACCAGGUGAUCUGCUCGGACCGGCGCACGCUCAGCUGACUGCCAGCAACCUGGAGUUCUCUCUUCCAACCACCAUGUCUCCCAAACGUGUCUGCCAGCUGAUCAAAGUCAAGCCGUCGGCUCUGGAAGAAUACAAGGAAAUACAUGCGAACGUUUGGCCGGGAGUGCUUGCAGCGCUCGAACGAGCCCACAUAGUUGACUAUUCGAUCCAUUAUUACGCCCCCUUCGACCUCCUCAUUGCGACGUUCAAAUACAUCGGCACAGACUACGAGGGGAUAUGAAGCAGGUCGCUGAAGAUCCAGAAACGCAGCGGUGGUGGAAGGUGACAGAUCUCAUGCAGGAGAGUCUGAUUGAAGGCGCGCAAGGGAGCGGAAAGGACAUUCCGUGGUGGGCCGAGACAGAGGAAGUGUUCAGAUUUGAAGGCAGCACGUAAAUAGCAAUCAUGUACCGACACGAUAAGAUCUCAGCGGCCCGCCUCUCGGGCCGAGAGAAGGCUGACAAUUACACUUUCGGCAGUGACACUCAACCGUCACACAUCAGCGUCUCAUUCCUCUAUUCAUGGCCAAGUCAAAGACAGCGUCUGCCCCGAAUCCUGUAGUCACGGCACCGGAAGUUCCUCUGAAACCGAAAAAAACGAAAGCAGGCAAUGCCCCUCUUGUCAAGCACUAUUUGCUAGCGUACAAUGUCCUCUCUGCUGCCGGAUGGGGUUAUAUCCUCAUUUUGACACUUGUACACCUUCUGAACCUCGAUGGUCGAUCCUCUGAGGUCCCAUUCUCAGCGGCAUCCAAGGCACCAGUGUCUACAAUCUCUCGACUUCUUUCGGCAUUGCCGUUCUUCAAUGCCCCAACGGCUGCUGCGCCGAUGAAAAUCCCGACCCGUAUUCCAGGAUUCCUAGCGCCAGUCUAUUUGCGGUCUCUGACCACAUACACCCGAGUCAGUGGGACUGUCGCAGUGGUGCAAACGUGUGCUCUGUUGGAGGUCGUACAUUCGUUGUUGGGCUGGGUCCGGAGCCCCUUGCAGACCACUGCUAUGCAGGUCGCCAGUCGGUUGUGGAUCGUUUGGGGUAUCAUGCAACAGUUUGGGGUGGCGCAAGCCAACCCUCUGUACACCUCGGCUGUGGUUGCAUGGUCGAUAACCGAAGUCGUCCGCUAUUCUUUCUACGCCAGCAACCUUCUGGGUCGUGAGCCCCCUGUACUGUUGUACCUGCGCUACACCUUGUUCUAUAUCUUGUACCCGAUCGGAGCAGGCUCAGAGGCAUUCCUGAGCUACGCAACACUGCCUGUGCCUUCUGGGAUCCCUCGUCCGUCAGCAUUGCGUGGAUGGUCGGCACCAGAAUAUGCUCGCGGAAUUCUUUUUCUUAUCUGGUGGCCCGCACUGUACCAACUGUACACUUACAUGAUGGCUCAGAGACGGAAAACCUAUGGCCCUCGCUCCAAGUCAAAGACGAACUAAACUCGUGUAUGUAUUGGAGGGCCCAAACGGUCUUAUACUAGACAUCUAGGUAUUGUUUAUAUCGGGCGAAAAUCCCACUCUCCCAACACCAGACGAAUCGUAUGUCGAAUACCCUGAAUUAUUGCGUUAGUUCUGGUCUUGUUGGGAGAAGAGACUCGCACAGGAUUUGAGAAACUCGUCGCCAAUAAUGGCAAUGUCGGAAGGAAAGCCGUCACCGAGAGCCAAGAUUCCACCAACGCAGUCCGAUGAGCCUUGGCUGGUUCGGCCGAGGUUGAAAUCAGCUUGGUUUAUCGAAAAUGAGUGCCCUCCAAACGAGAAGGCAAUGUCGAGGACGUCGGAGCAACGGUCCGUAAUCCGGUGCUGGUUUCGCGCUAGGGAUCUGCGUCUUGAUAUAAGGGGGAGUCAUUCAAGGACACAGUAUCAUACCAUCGCAUAGAACGCCGAUGCAUGAGAAGCCGGUAGAUAGAUCUGAAAAAAUUAGAUCCUCUUUUAGAUGUUUGUUUUACUGGAUCCUAC